GUCAUUCAGGAAGCGCCUUGUAUUACCAUCUCGGAGAAAUCAAAUCCAGACAGACGUUCUUGUUCUUGCAGAGCCUGCCAUGCAUGCUAGAAAAUCCUGCGCAGUUUUCAGCUGGCUGCUGCUGCUUCUUUGGUUCGCGGGGUCAGGCGGGGAUAACGCUGCCACCGCGAUGACCGUGCGGGGUAGAUGCCCGUGUGUGGGAAAAGCACACUUGGUGCAUCCGAAGCGUAUCACUGAUAUCACAGUGCAACAGAAGAAUGCACUUUGCAGCGAGACGCAGAUCAUACUCACUGUGGAAGGGAACAGAGAGGUGUGCCUGGAUCCAGACUCGGAGCAGGGCCAAAGGCUGCAGCACUGCUGGAAGAGCUAUGACAUGAACGUAGCAAAAACCAAGACGUGCUUAAGGAGGAAGAAGACGAUCCACUAAGCUGACCACACAAGCCAUCAACGGAGCACAGAAUUGUACACAUAAUACAGCAAUAUCCCCUGCAGUACAAUACUCUAGACAUGCUACUGAUACAAUAUGCUUGUUGCACCUCACUGAGUCCUGCAUGCAGUUCUGGGGACCACAAUAUGAGAAAGAUAUAGGGGUGCUGGAAAAGGUUCAGAGAAGGGCAACCAGAUUGAUUCCAUGUAUAAUAUCCCAUGUAGCCUCGUGCUCCACACAGGUCAAUGUUGCUCUUUUAAUACAAACUGAAAUGAUGCACUGCAUGCGCUAUUUUUGUACCUGUGUUUUAUGUAAAACGAAAACAAAUAAAAAAUCUAAAGCAAA